GUAAUUGAUAAGAAUUUAAUGAAAUAAGAAAAAUGCGGCGUAUAACAACAGCAUUAAAUACAGCGUAUACUAAAGUUAAUUAUAAACAAAGUACAAAUAACUAUGCAGCUCACUACAGACUGCAGCAGCAGCGUUUUGCAACGCUGUCGGCAUCGGCGUCAACCUGUUGGAACUGCCAGAAACAGCAGCAGAAUAUGAUUUGCGCUAGCUGUGGCAGUUUGCAGGAUGUGAAUAAUCAAAUUAACUACUUUGAGCUGUUAAGUUUUCCUACCAAGUUUACGAUGCAGCAGCAGGAGCUGACGCAGCGCUUUCGGCAGCUGCAGGCGCGAGUGCAUCCGGACAAAUACAGCAACAAAAGCGACCGCGAGCAGAGCAAUUCUGCUGACUGGAGCUCGCUCAUCAACAAAGCAUACAAAACGCUGGCGACGCCAAUGGAACGUGGACAGUACAUGCUGCAGCUGGAGGGCGAACAAAUGCCGCAGGAUAAUAGUGCACUAAACAAAGAAUUUCUAAUGGACAUGAUGGAGCGCAAUGAGGAAGUGGAGGAUGCUGAAGAUGCCGCCACAUUGCAGCAGCUCAAUGUGCAGCUGUUGCAGGAGCUGGAGGCACAUGCUCAAAAGCUGCAUGGACACUUUGAGGCAAAAGACUUGGUGGCUGUGAAGGCAACGCUUGUGGAAAUGAAAUAUUUGCUAAGCAUACAAGCGAGCAUUAAACAAAAACAGCAACAGCUGUUGGGCAGCUAAAAUCGAUGAGCGAUAAGCGAUA